AUGGAAACUUCGAGAUCUUCUGUUUGCACUUCUGAGAAGAUUGUCGAGAAGACUACUUCUCAAGACGAUACCGUUGACGGCAUCACUCAAGCCCAAUACAUUCCAGAAAUCAAGCAAUCGGAAGCGGACAAUUCUCUUAGCCACAGUACGUCAGAAGAGAAAGAGCUAUGUGUGAUCUGCCAAGAGCAUGUUUCCGAACCAGCUACAACACAGCCAUGCAAUCACUCAAAUUUCGACUUCUCAUGCCUGACCAAAUGGCUUGAGCUAAGCCCAUCUUGCCCGCUUUGCAAAUCCAAAGUUACGACAGUUCGCUAUAACUUCACACCCGAGAAUACAUACUCAGUGUACGAUGUCAAGGAAGAGCGACGAUCGAACCCAAACCUAGGGUUCCGGGAGCAUGCCUUAGUAUUGGACAGCACGCAGAGGUUGCACUUGCAGCGUUUCCAAGAUCACGUCGAACGCCAACAUCCCCAGCUCCGUAGGUAUUGGCCUCAGUUCUUCAGUCGUUUAUAUAUGCUCUUGGGCCAUUCCGAAUUCCACAAUCAUCUAGAAAUGCUCGGUGAGCAUCCCGAAAUGUUCCGCGAUCAUCUCUACAUGCUCGAUGGACUUCAAGCACCACCAAGAUUGUUCAGUGGGGCAACAUCUCUCUACUUUAACCUCGAUUUCCUGGCAUAUGUUGUGCCAAAGUCGGAUGCUUACAUCGCAGCUGUUACAAUUGCACUUCUGUGGGCAUGGAAUCGGAUUUUGGAGAAUCAUAUUGCUUCGCUCUUGUAA